AUGGUCGACCAACAGACCCUUCACCCUUCUAUGAUCGAAUCGCCAUUUCGAUCCCUUGCUAUAAUUCCUCCACAUGAGCGAAUCGAUCUUUUCGAAGGCAUUUCAAUAUCAUUCAAUUCUGAUUCAGCGAUGACAAGGAUUAAUCCCCCGAAGCGGCUGUCGGAAGUUCUAGCAAAUCGUCUACAGUUCGCAGUCGAUGUGCUUCAAGAUAUCCCCAGAAUGGUGGUAACGGAGAACCAAACACCUUGGUCUCAUCGUCAGCUCUACAAAAGUGGAAUGUCCAAAGAUAUGCAAGAUGCAUUCGCUUGUUGCUCCCUCUAUAUGGCGCGAAACGAGAUCAACUCGCCUGUGCUCAUGUCCAUAUUCGAUGCCCGCAUCAAUGAGCUUAUUGCCGCAGCACCACCCACAACACCCUUGGAGCUUUUGGCACGAAUCCACGCCCUCAUCCUAUAUCUUAUAAUGCGCCUGUUUGACGGUGGCAUCCAGACCCAGCCAUCCUCAGAAUCGCUGUUGGCUCUCUUAGAGACAUCAGUUCUCUCCUUGUUCGAUUACAUUUAUAUCCCGGAUCCCUCCCAGCCUUGUGACAUACUACCCGUCUCCAUGGAGCCCGUAAUGAGCUUUUGGGACUCUUGGGUAUUUCAAGAAUCUGCGCGACGUACGGUGAUGAUGGUCUUUUAUUUUGUGAAGAUUCAGCACUUUUUACACGGGAAGCCCCUUUCCACCUGCGACGGAAAACUGGGAUUGGAACAUGCAUGGUACCAGUCCGCGCAUUUAUGGAAUGCACAAAGUGCUUUCGACUUCGCAGUGGCCUGGACGGAGAACCAACACUUCAUCGUCUAUAACGCAGACUUCACUGGAGUUCUUCAAAAUGCAAGACCUGAUGAUGUGGACUUGUUUGGGAAAAUGCUUCUCGUCACCAAAAUCGGUAUCGAUGAGACUAAAGCUUGGUUCUAUUCAAGAGGAGGUGCUUUGUAA